ACGCGUCGCGACGCGUUUUCUUUAAUGGUAAAGUCUCUUUGUCUAGAAAAUAUGAAUAGUAUCGUUUGCUUGAGACUUGCAAUGUCUCCUUUGCAAAAUGCAAGUAUUCGAGCAAGAACAAAUAGAUGUCGUUAAAGCAGAGAAGCUCAUCGUCGAAUGUGCUAAACGCUUGGAGCUCUUAGACUCUAACUUAAAGCUUGACUUGGAGUUGCUGACAUGUCCUUCUAAUCGUGUAAACGCAUGGGAAACUCGAGGAUUUCUUCGAGAUUAUUACACGGGCAAUCAAUCUGAAGGUCGACCUUGGAAUGCGGAUGAACUUAAGAAACGUGUUACGUUAUUAAGUACAGAGGGUCUUAUUUCUGUUACAAAAUGGUUAUUUUAUCGAAUUCCAGGCGGAGUUGUGAGCUGGCGCUGCUAUCGCCUAUUUGAAGAAGCAGAUUCUUACGCAAAACAUCCAAUGGAUGGAUUUACCAUAUUUAUGAAGCUUGCAGCUCGCAAUAAUAGCCACUUUAAUGUGAUUCAAGGGUUUGUUCGGCUUCUUGCAAGCAUGGCUGCUCGUCUUCCAUCAGAGUCAGUCCCAAAAAAGUCAACCUCUUUGGAGGUUAUCGCACAGUUGAGCAGCUGUUGGGCAUUUUCAUGGCCGUGCAUGGAUCUUGAAGAUGGUUUGGCUUACUGGAAUAAGUGCACAAAUGCUUGUCUUAGAUUACUCCUAGCAUACUUGCGAGGUACAGACAAAAGAGAUGAGCACAGUUUCUCUUUGUUGCCGAUGUCCCUUCAAACACAGCUUCGAAACCACAGCUAUCCUCCUGUUGCCAAAAACUUCAAUACGGAGAGUUACCGUGUUAUCAACAUUAUGACAAAUCAAGGUCCGCAACCAACAUCUCCGCUUGAGGUUGUUGACAUUAUUUCAAAAAUGCAGCUUCCUAGUCAUGUUCGAAGUUCAUUCCCAAUUGGCAGAGACCGUUUGCACAGCGAGUGUUUGCUAUUGCUAAAAAGAAUGUCGCGAACUAAUUCUUCGCAGAUUGCAUUUAAUGCUCAAGAAUCAGCAUGGUUAGGCUUCUUGGAAAAUGGUUUUGACCGCCCAAUUGCUUCUUCUGUCGCCAAUAAUGAACUUAGACUUUUCGUGAACAACGAUAUGAUUGCUGAGGAGCCUAGUCCUCUGAUACAAUACCCUACGUUGGAACAGAGUCUUGUUUCUCAAUAUGACUUUUCUGAAGCAUUUGAAGUAAAUUGCAGUUCCACGAUAAAAUGGUUAUGGUUGGAAUCAAAAGCGCCGGAAAUUCCUGAGCUUCGGAGAAGCAUUUUUUCUACUGUUACUGUUCUGAUGGAUGCCAAUGGUUCAAUAUGUCUUGUGCAACAAAUUGACAAGCCCUCAACUGGCGGUACACGGUCCACAAGAAAAGGAAAGAAACGGAACUUGCUUAACCGUAUACGUUCUUCGAUUAAACGUGUUAUAAAGGCAAACAAGUUUUCUUCAAAAAAGUCAAUGCCUGUUAUCAAUCGCAAAAGUUGUACAAGUAUAUUGUUUGAGAGCAAUCGAGCAGCUAUUAUGCACGUGGCUGAACGACUAAAUGUGUUAAACGGAAGACGAGAAAUGGAGAAUAGUCUGAAAGCGAUGAAGCUUACCAAUAAUCGCGAUCCAUCAUGGGACCCUGACACGGCGGAAUACGUCAAUUCAAUGAUGGUUUGGGUCGGAUCAGAUAAACAUGGUUCCACUAAUUCAAAAGAUCCUCUCGUCCUUUUACAUCCGGAGAACUCUUGUCAAUCGAGAACAUUAACAGAAAACGGAAAAUCGCUUUCUUCUUCAAGUCCGACUGUUAAUUCUUCGACUGAAGGUGAUUCAAGCAUCCCUUCUGACGAUACCUAUAAAGACGCGUCAAUAUCUAUAACAAGUAUUACACAAGAAGAAGAGAAGCAGAAUGAAUUGGUUAUUUCAACUGAGAUUCAACCUUCAUUGAAGCCAGAGAAAAAAAUAGUACUUGAAGCGUUGACAAUUCCACGACCGAUUCGCAGACCAUUAAUUCCUGUUGAUGAAAUGCAAGCCGCUGAUAGUGAAACGACGAUCCAACAAAGUGCCUCUUCCUCUGUAUUUUCAACAACUGACAGUAUGCCUUCGACUCCUUUGUCUCAAACUGUCAACAUUCAAAAUACCCUUAGCAAUAUGCGCUCAUUACGAAAUGUAUCCAAAACGACUGCGCAUUCUUGCUAUACACCAUUAUCAGCUUCCUCGGUUUGCCUCGAUAACCUUACUCCUAUUUCGUCCUCAUCUAAGAGAAGCAGUCAAUUCUCUUUAGAAAAGAUGAUACGGUCUUAAAAUGUCUGUUCGUCAAUGAUCAAUUUUUUAAGACGACUUCUAAUAUUUUGGGAACUGAGAGUCAAAACUGUCAUGAAUCCAUUUACGAUACGACACCUUUCUUAAUUCUUACAAAAAAUGUACUUGCAAUAAGUUUUUGCGACGAGUUCGGCUACAAUCUUUUCUUAUUGCUUAAAUGAUUUAAUGUUUAAUGAUUAUGUAUAUCAACGCCUAUGCAUAUUGGCAAAAUGCUUCCUUUGUAGUAUUCUGCUAAAAAGAUAUUUAAAUAAUAUAUUGGAGCUAAAACUUUAUAGACUUCUAGUGCACCAUUUAGUUGGAUACGUAUUAUUUUGUCGGCAAUUUGAGCACACACUUGAAGUAAGUGUGUGGAUCCGUCGUAAUAUAUAUAUAUAUUUU